UCUCCGUCCGUUCCUUCCUUCCUACAGGGGGUGGGUGGGACUCCCGUUUAACCCGGAACUGUGAAAGUAAUCAAUUACUUUAAAACUUUGAAAGUCGACUUGCUCAGCCUUUCAUACUGUCUUGGGACUUGUGGAAUUCUUUCACUUUGGGGAUACUGCUGCAAGUGCAGUUGUACAAAUGUGUAUCACCCACGCGACGGCGGAUUCUCACGAGCAGUAGACGAAACUUUGCAACAGGCUUUGUAGGAGGAAAAAUCUUCAGACUUCAAAAUGCCACAGCAGAAAGACAUCGUGAAGAUCGCCAUCCAGAUGCCAGGGGCUUACCCACAGCUAAUCCAGUUAGACCAGAAAAAGCCCCUGACUUCUGUCAUAAAAGAGGUUUGUGAUGGGUGGAAUCUUGCAGGUCCAGAAAAUUAUGCUCUUCAGUAUGCAGAUGGAGUCCAGACCUACAUCACUGAGUCUAAUCGUUUAGACAUCAAGAACGGCAGCAUUCUGCGUCUCACCAAAGCCCCGGGGCGCUGUGCUGAGGACCUGUAUAAGGGCAUUCAGAGCUCAGAUUCCGGCGUACGCUGUGAUUCGCUGAAACAGCUGGCCAGCGUGUCCACCGACAUCACCUUCGCUCAGGAGUUCAUCAGCCGCGACGGACAUACGCUGCUUGUCCAAAUUGUAGAAGCCGGUAACGAUUCUCCCAUGAUUCUGACACACACCCUCACGGGUUUUAUGGAGCUCAUGGACCAUGGUAUUGUGUCAUGGGAGAAUCUCUCCACUGUCUUCAUAAAGAAGAUUGCCAGUUUUGUGAAUGCGAAGGUGUUGGAUGCCUCCAUCCAGCAGGUGUCCCUGGCCAUCCUGGAGAGCAUGGUUCUGAACAGCAGCAGUCUGUUCCAGCAGGUCAAACAGGAGGUCACACUGGAGAGGCUUAUCUCUCAUCUGCAGGUGUCAAACCAGCAGCUCCAAACCAAAGCCAUGGCUCUGCUUAUGGCACUGCUACAGACAGCCGGGGAGCAAGAUAAACAGGAACUGUUUGGUUUUCUUGAGAAGAAAAACCUGCGACAAUACAUCCACAAGAAUAUCAUCCACAGCUCUGGGUCUGUAGGAGAUGAGAUGGCCCAUUACCUGUAUGUUCUGCAGUCCGUUCGUCUGAACCUGCUGGAGCCGCGAAUGAGAAUGCCUUUAGACUCAUUCAACCAGGAGCAGAGGGACGCUCUGCACGGCCUGCGGCAGGCUGCCUUUGAGACAGAGAGUGAGAGCGGCCUGAGUCAUGAGCGGCGCCGUUCACUCUGUGCUAAAGAGUUUAAAAAACUCGGAUUCUCUAACAACAGUAACCCGGGACAGGACCUGAGUCGGACUCCGCCGGGCCUGCUGGCUCUGGACACCAUGUCUUACUUUGCGUCCCGUUACCCAGAUGCCUACAGCAGGUUUGUUCUGGAAAACAGCAGCAGGGAAGACAAGCACGAGUGUCCGUUUGCUCGGAGCAGUAUCCAGCUGACGCUCAUCCUGUGUGAGAUUUUACGGAUUGGGGAACCCCCCUCAGAGACGGGCUCAGACUAUCACCCGAUCUUCUUUUCUCAGGACAGGCUGUUGGAGGAGCUCUUCUGUAUCUGUAUCCAGCUGCUCAAUAAGACCUGGAAGGAGAUGAGAGCCACUCAGGAGGAUUUCGAUAAGGUGAUGCAGGUCGUCAGGGAGCAGAUCACGAGGACGUUGUCCAGUAAGCCCACGUCUUUGGAACUGUUCAAGAACAAAGUGAAUGCUCUGAACUACAGUGAGAUCCUAAAACUGAGACAGACUGAGAGACUCCACCAGGAGGAGACCCUCGCCCCUCCUGUCCUCGAGCUGAAAGAGCGUCUGAAGCCUGAGCUGUUGGAGCUGAUCAGGCAACAGAGACUCAACAGGUUAUGUCACGGUACUCUCUUCCGCAAGAUCAGCAGCCGACGCAGACAAGAUAAACUCUGGUACUGUCGUCUCUCGCCAAAUCAUAAAGUUCUACACUACGGCGACGUGGAAGAGGAGACCGAAAUGCCAUCUAUCGAGGCCCUGCAGGAUAAGAUUCCUGUGGCAGAUAUUAAAACGCUGCUGACAGGCAAAGACUGUCCUCAUAUGAAAGAGAACAAGGGCAAACAGACCAAGGAAGUCCUGGACUUGGCUUUCAGCAUAACAUAUGACGUGGAGGAGUACAGCUUGAAUUUUGUUGCGUCGUCCAGAACAGAUUUCUGUUUGUGGACGGAUGGUCUGAACGUGUUGCUGGGCCGGGAGAUGAGCAGCGAGUGCAUGCGCAGUGAGCUGGAGAUUCUGCUCUCCAUGGAGAUCAAGCUCCGCCUCCUGGACCUGGAGAACGUCCCCAUUCCCGACAACGCCCCGCCCAUCCCCAAACCCCCCAGCAACUUCAACUUCUGUUACGACUUCAGCCAGGCUGAGCAGUAAAAGAGGAAGAGUGGACUUCGGGUGUCUGUGAAUAAGGGCCGUUGCCAUAGCAACAGGAGGACAUGCACCUUACGGAAGUUAAUGGUAACACCAUUGGUUGGUUGAUUAGAAAAACAUCUAGAAGGGAAGAGAACUGAACAUUAAGAGAAAUAAGACAAAUGACUUGGAAGGAGAAAAGUGAGUAGGUACUAUACUAGGGUGUGAAUACCAUUUCAUUACUUUGUCAAACAACGCAAUAUUGCACAUUGAAAAGUAGGAUACAUAUUAUAGAUAAGGGCUUUUGAACCACAUUAACACUCACUCUAGGAGGAGUGGCUAAAAUGGGAAGUGGCUAACUGAUUAGAUACUGUAUAAAAUGCCCUCACCUGAGGGCCAUGGGUUUUUUUUUCUUCUUUCUUUUGAAUGUUUGAUCUUUUCAAUCACAGUUCUUCCUUUGAUCCAUUUCAAUGUAUUGAAAACUUUUGACAUUAUCU